AUGGCCCACCCAUCCGUCCAGCAGCCAGCCCUCCUCCCCAAAACACCAGCCAUCAGCAGAACGGCCCGGAAGGCCCAGCAGAGCAGGACUGUCGGCCCCAAAGCACACAAACCCUUCGAGAUCUACAUCGACCCAAACCAGCCAUCGGCCACCGAUGCUCACCCCCGCUCCUUCAAGCCCUCCAUCUCAGCCACCCCAGCUAACAGGAACAAGACCCUCGCAGCGGGGCCCUCGACGCGUAAACACGCGGGCAAGCCGCUGGAGGACAAGACGAACACGCUGCGCAAGAAGAAGCCCGUCGGCCAUCUCCUGCCCUCCGCCGGGCGUCUGGACGCGAAGCAGAGCGGCUCGCCCACUCUGACGACAGCCAAGCCGAAGGCCACGCCCCACCAUCAUCACGAGGCCACGAAGACGGCCGCCGGCAGGACCAGCCCGCCGACCACCAAGCUGCGGCUGCUCUACCGCACCCCAGCCACCGCCAAACGCGCCCCUCGUCCGCCCCAGCCCCUCUUCUCCUCCGGCGCCGAAGACAACGACGACGAGGAGUAUGAGCAGUCCCUCGAUGACCAACAACUCUCCCCCGUCCUGUCGGCCUUCCAGACCAACUUCACCCUCGAAAACGUCCCCGACGUCGAGUUCGGCCCGCCCUCUGCAACCAUUGAACAAGUCGAGCUUCCAAGCCCCGACGACCGCGUAGACUUCGGCGCCUUCCUCGGCGGCUUGCAGGACCACCUAGGGUCCGCAGCUGGCCCCGCCGUCGCGGGGGGGAACGCGCUGGAUGCCGAGGUGGCCCGGGUGGUGGCGGAGGACGGGCGGAAGGAGCUGUGGACGCGCGAACCAGAGUGUCGGAUGCCCUUGUUCGAAGAUGUGCAAGGGCUCGAAGGCUUGCAUUUGCCCCCGCCGCCGACUGCGAGACCGGCAUCCAAGGCGCGCCUCGGCCGCCCCGCAAGCUCGACGCGUCUGCUCCGGCCUGCCGUCGCCCGAACGACUCUUCCGCCAUCCCGGCCCCCUUCCGCCCCUCGCCCGCCCACCCUCCCCGCCCGUGCCACGCGCACACACGCCCCUCCCUCCUCCACCCACCCCGCAUCCUCCAAGCCUACCGUCUCCAAACCCGUCGUCUCCAAGCCCGCCGUCUCCAAGCCCGCCGUCUCCAAGCCCGCCGUGGCGCGCCCGCCGAUGGUGGCCCGCUUCCACGCCAUCCUCGACACGCUUGUCCGGCAGGAACAGGCGCUCGUCCUCGCCGACCUCGCACAAGAUAAGCUGCUGCUGGCUUCUGGAGCCGAGUGGGACGCGGGGCUCGACGACGUCGUGCUCGAUCUCUGA